UUCUUCCUCUUCUUCUUCUCUUUGGUUUUGACUUUGUGGAGUGGAGAAGCAAACCAAAACUAUAGCGAUGCAUUGGCAAAAUCUAUAUUGUUCUUUGAGGGUCAGAGAUCUGGAAAGCUUCCUGCAGAUCAGAAGAUCAGUUGGAGAUCCAACUCUGCCCUCGCAGAUGGCUCAGCUGCCAAUGUGGACCUAACCGGCGGCUACUACGACGCCGGCGACAAUGUCAAGUUCGGCUUCCCCAUGGCCUUCACCACCACGAUGUUAUCCUGGAGCAUCAUAGAGUACGGCAAGCGCUUGGGCUCUCAGACCGCCGCCGCUCGCACAGCCGUCCGAUGGGGCACCGACUAUCUCCUAAAAGCUGCCGGCGGACUACCGAACCGUUUAUACGUCGGGGUCGGCGAUCCCAACGCCGACCACAAUUGCUGGGAGAGGCCAGAGGAUAUGGACACCCCCCGCACAGUCUACUGGGUCUCGCCAACGGCUCCCGGAUCGGACGUCGCCGGCGAGACGGCGGCGGCGUUGGCUGCCGCGGCGAUCGUUUUCCGCUCGGUGGAUGGAAAUUAUUCGAACAGGUUGUUGUCAGCGGCUAAGAAGGUGAUGACAUUUGCUCAGACGUAUCAGGGAAAGUAUAGUGAUUCGGUGGGAGCUGUUUGUCCCUUUUACUGCUCCUACUCCGGCUUUAAGGAUGAGCUGCUUUGGGGAGCAUCAUGGCUGCUAAGAGCCACUAAUGACAUCUCCUACCUUAACUACAUAAACUCCCUCGGUGCCAACGAUCAGGCUGACAUAUUUAGCUGGGAUAACAAGUUUGCAGGCGCCAGAGUUCUCUUAGCAAGAAAAGCUUUGGUUGACAAAGACAAGACUUACGAUGCAUUCAGAGUUCAAGCAGAAGACUUCUUUUGCAGAAUUUUACCCAACUCCCCUUCUUCAUCAACACAGUACACCCCAGGAGGUCUCAUGUACAAGCUGAGCUCCAGCAACCUCCAGUACGUGACUUCCAUAUCCUUCUUGCUAUCUACCUAUGCCAAGUUCAUGGCUUCAUCAUCCCACAACUUCAACUGUGGAAACCUUCUUGUUACUUCAAACACUCUGAGAAACUUAGCCAAAAAGCAGGUGGAUUACAUACUGGGACAAAAUCCUUCAAAAAUAUCAUAUAUGGUGGGAUACAGUGCAAAUUUUCCGAAGAGAAUACACCAUAGAGGAUCAUCACUGCCUUCAAAAGCCAGUCAUCCUAGCCAUAUUGGCUGCCAAGAAGGAUUUCAGUACCUUAACAGUAAUAAUCCAAAUCCAAACAUAUUGACCGGAGCUGUGGUGGGUGGUCCUGAUCAGAAUGAUGGGUACUCCGAUGACCGGAAUAACUAUGCCGGGUCGGAGCCGGCCACAUACAUAAAUGCUCCUAUUGUAGGGUGCCUUGCUUAUCUUGCUGGAAGUUAUGGCAGUGGAUGA